AUGAUUUCUCAAAGUUCAAGAUUGGCUGCUUUUAAAGUUACUUCAAUUGCACGUAACGUGACAAAACAAGCUACUAAUUCAUCUUUAGCUUUCAAAAAGACUCCAGGAAAUUCAUUUGGUUCAUUUAAAGAAUAUAGAGAAAAUAUGAAAACUUAUGGUCCAUUAAGUGCAUCUUUAGCAUCAAAACGUCACAUUGGUCAAAAUCAUUAA